CGGGCGGCUGCGCUGUAAAUCCGGGCGGUUGGUGCUGCGCUGCUGGUUUAGUGAAGCCUCUCCUGUGGAUUUCUCUGUUUUAAUUUAGAGUUUGUCCUCUUUAACCGAACUCCGCCAUGGUCUCUCACUCUCUGGCGCUGCCGAUGAUCUGCUUCACCAUCCUGUGGGGGCUGGUGGGGAUCGUGGCUCCGAUUUUCGUGCCCAAAGGACCAAACCGAGGGGUUAUCGUUACCAGUCUGGUGUUGACGGCGGUCUGUUGCUAUUUAUUUUGGUUAAUAGCAAUUCUAGCCCAAGCAAACCCUCUGUUUGGACCCCAGCUGAAGAAUGAGACCAUCUGGUACCUGCGUUACUUCUGGGAGUAAAUUAAGACUUGCUGUCUGUGUUCAUGCAUCAUCUCUUCAGUUAGUUCCUGUACGGCGGCUGUGCAGUUUCUUCUCGUGAGCCGACAUAGAAUACAAUCCUUCAACACGCCAACGGACCAUUCCCUGGAACCUCUCCUUCCUGUUAUGGAUGUAAUGUUGAGUUUGUCUUUACAUUUCAAGAAAUAUGCUUUUAUUUUACCAGAAUAAUUAAUAUUGUUAUUAAUAUGAGUCUCCUGAAAAAGUGUAUAUAUGAUACUGAUGUUGACGGUGUUGUCACGUGUGUAGAACAGAUUUGUGCAAUAAUAGUAGCCUGUAGAUUGUGUCCACCUCCUGAAGGAUGCUGUAUUGGUUUUGGUUAUGUACAGUAUGUACUGUAUGUAUGAGUGUGUGUGAGUGAUAGUAAUGUGUUUUUAAUUGCUGGCAUGUGUACGUUCCACAUUUCCAGUCCAUUAUAACCUUUUUAUGUUUACAUAUUGUUUAGUGUUCAUUUUUAUUUAUUGAAUUAUUUAUUUCUAAUGUGAGGCAAAAGUUUACUGCUCACUCAAAUCUGACCCACAGGUCAGGUUUUGAGGCUGGAGUAAUGAGGUUGCUAAUAUUGUGAAUAUGGCUGAGCACUGGCAUGCUAGUGGAGAUCAGAGACAGCUGAUGAUGGACUUCUCCAUGCUCCGCCCACAGCUACAUUAAUUUAUUUAUUUUAAGUAUCUUUUUUUUUGUUUUAGUUACUGUUGUCUUUAAUAGCCAUACCAUGUGUGUACAUAUAUUAAUACUAUGGCAAAAAAACAUUAUUUUGCCCCAGGUAAUGCUGUAUCACAAUUAAACAGUUUACAGUUAUGUUACACAAACAGUUUAUGGGUGGAGCAUGGAAAGGCCAACUAGCUUUGUUACCUACAGAAACCUAAUCUGAUUGUCUGUUUACAUUAUGUUUUUAUUUUAACUGUAAUAAUGACUUAUUUUUGCCCCCUCAAACUUUGUUCUGACCACCUUCUUUCCAUGGAGAUCACAUUACGUGCUGCUGACCUCAGUCCUGCUGUGGCUUGGGAUCUCUCGUGGGAUCUCUCUCACUGCUGGAGCCCAGGUAGAUGAUUAUAGAAUUGGAUGUGGAAAUCUCUGCCCUCAGAAUGAUAGUUCUUUAGAUCAUGAAUCAUGAAAUCGUAUGAUUGAGUGUGAUUUGUCUUUUUAUAGUUAAACAACAAAAUAAAUACACAAUGUUCCACAGAUAAUACUAGGGGGUUCUCAAAGCCGUAUGGGUGCGUCCCAGUUGUGUACUAAUUAGUAGGGAUGCACCAAAAUGGUGUCAUCAAAAGUGUCCAGUCACUUAUUCAGUCAAGCUUGAAAUUUUUCCUCUGUUGACAAAUAUUUGGUGCAUCCCUACUAACUACUAAUAUAUAUGAAGUAUAUAGUAUAGAUAAAAGUGUCAAAGUUGAUAAUACUCUAACAUCCAUCAUAGAAACAAAGGACUGAUGGGUUUUUAGGUACUUUUACGAUGGACAGUAUUAUUCUGUAAUAGAAUAGAAUAGAAUAACAGAACAAAAAGGAAGGAUCCACUUACAUCUAAUAUUUUCUAACUCCUUUAAACUGCAGGAAUUCAUUAUUUUAGUUUCAUAUUUAAUUGUAUGCACAACAGUUACGUUAUCUUUUGUGUACUAACCUGUAAAUCCAACAUUAUUAAUAUAGAUUAAGUAUAUAGUCUUAAUCGUAUAGAAUUAGUAGUAGUUCAUGAUUGGGAUGCAGCCCCAAAGCUGAGGAAAGUUCCUGUUGGACUGUCCACAGCCUUGAGCUCAAGUUAUCAGGCUAACUAAGAAAUCCUGCUUUGUUCAACCCAACUGCCCCUCCUGCACCUCCAGGCCUGAGAACUUUAUUUUAGCCCCCAAAUUUGAGUCAGUUUCUCAGACAGGGUUUAAGCCUAUUUGUCGGUUUUACUUUUAUUUUAAUUCAGAAUCUCUAUUUACAAUGCUUUGUGUAGUCCAAGAAUAGGCUUAAUCCCUGUCUGGGAAACUGUCCCAAGCGUACUUUAGUGAAUGUUAUUAUUCUUAUUAUUAUCGAUUCAGCCAUUCCAGAACCUCUGCACUUUACACCCCUAAUAUGUGAACGGUGUUACCUCAGCUUUAACCAAGGAAUUCUAUUAAAUACAGCUACUUUUGUUGAAAGACCAAAUCAGUCAUUUAUCCUUAGUUAUAUUUAGUUUUACUUUCCUUUAUCUCCAGUCAUGAAUAGCCAAAGCACCCCAGCAGCUGAUUCGCUGAUGCUGCAGUCUGAGGUGUUGUGCUAAUAGAUAUUUUUUAGGUUUAAGUCAGGCUUGUUAACAUGCUCCAGUUCUGCAGGGUGGCCUGUUUUCUGACUGUGGAUUUAAUAAAGUGGGAUUGAACUUGUGUUAGAUUGCCAUCUUUGAUGCAUGUUCUGAUCUCCAUGUAAAUGAGGUGGUGUCAUUUAUAGGAUCAUAAAUAUUCACUACUGAGUCCUCAUUAUAGUCAAUCACUACUGUCUGUCUGAAAUGAUCAAUAAAACCUGACUGGCUAAUGGA